CACUUGUCCGUCCACAGAUUGGACGUGCUCGGCAGUGGAUAGCGUUGACAACGACCCACCAUGGCGUACACCAAGACGCAGACAUUUGGUCGGACGACGAACGGUAGUUCUACGUCCGCUCACUGUAAACCCGUCAAGGCCAAAUGCGUAGACAACCAAAGCCUCGUCGACGCACUCGUAGCGAAACGAUCCACGCUCGGUAGCAACAACUACUCGCGGACGUUACGCAAAGCGACCGAAAGUCUCGCCAAACAGAAAGAAGCCGUCCAAUCCUACGCCCAAGCCAAGGCACUGAGCGGAAUUGGAGAUCACGUCGCCAAUCUAUUGUUUCCCGCCGCGAAGCUGAAAUCCGCAGAGUCCCCCGCUUCGUCAGUCGGGUCCACGAAAUCAACCGCUUCCCGAUCACGUCCACGGAAUACAUUGCCAACUGCCGAUCCUGUGGAAAAACCAAGCGCGAGAGAGAUUGCCUACCAAAACGCAGUGCAACACGCCACUGCUUGGAAAUCGCUGUCGCUGACUUGGCGGGCGGUACUUCUAAUCGACCAGCGGGAGACUCAAUCGGACCACGUUAUUGCCAAGUGCCGAAUGUCCGGUAUUCCUUGUGAAGCACGAUCGUUACCCAUUGGGGACAUGGCUUGGAUGGCUCAAGGAAUGGACACUGCAGGCAAAAUUAAAGCCGAACUGAUGCUGGGGACAAUCGUCGAACGUAAAACGGUAGACGAUUUGAAAGCAUCCCUCUUUGGCACGCGUUACAAUGAACAGCAACUUCGAUUGAUGCAUUCCGGCUUGCCACAAGUUCUCUUUCUGAUUGAAGGAGACUUGACCAAAGAUCUGCGUGGUUGCAGUGUGGAAACAAUGCAUACAGCGACCUGGGAAAUUCGUUUACACAAGGACUUCCAAAUUCUGCAAACGGCUCAUCUCGACGAAACCGUGCAAACAUUGAAACGCAUGCAUCGACGAGUGCUGCAACGGUCUUUUCCCCGCGCAUUCGUAACUCAGGCCCUGCCAACUUUCUCCGAAACCGAUACCUCUGUCAAUGACAAGCAAGCUAAGCGGCGAAGUACUGAUCAGGCGGCGCCCAGGAAGAAUCGGCGACGUCGGUUGCAGUCGCUCAUGGAGAUGAUGUUUGAUGUCGAUCCAACGCCCAUGCCCGGUACGGAACGUUUCAUUACUUACGCGGAGCUCAAAGCCAAAGUGGAAUACGACAGAGAAUUAGGAACCCGUACAAUCGGCUCUAUUCAUAGUGCGAUGCUGAAGCAAGUGCAAAGCUUUUCGGAUCGCAAAGUCCAAGCCCUGUGCCGCACGUAUUCGACAGCCAACGAACUAUUUCUGGCCUACGAAAGUGUAAAUGAUGUCGCUUCCAAGAAAGCGCUGGUCACCGAACUUCCCAUUUCAGAUCCUUCGUCUCAUCAACUCCGAAAGACUGGUCCCAAGAGUGCGGAAGAGUUGUACACUGUGUACGGAAUGGACGAAGGAAUCUCUCCACCGGCCUCGAUAUCGAAAGACGGCACUAAACCUUCCCUCACGGCGGCAUGGAUGCCAUCUCCAAUACAAGAGGAAGACGAUGAAGAUCUCUGGCCGAAUGGAGAUCCAAAUGUGAAAAAGUACGUGGAGAGCCAAAUGCCGUUUACUUCUAUUGAUUCCCAACCGAUGGAUAUACCUUUGGCGCGUUGUCUAAUUUCAAAAUCAGCGGCGAGUGAGCAGCAGCCUCUGUCGGAGGUUAAUAUUGACAAGGCGAGUCGCUCAGAAGCACAGGACGAGGAUCUGGGGGACGCUUUUAAAGGCAUCGGAAGUUCAGCCCCCAUAUCUUCUGUUUGCAAGCGGGGCGUUUCGAAGCCUCUUACGGCGCCAACAAAGGCAGUCAACGUGGACGACUAUAUUGACUUGCUUUCCUCAGACAACGACGAAGGAGGCGAAACAGAUACCGCUGAACCAUUCGCCAAAUGUGAGAAGGAGUUGGACUGUCUGCAUUUUUCCGGCGUCGUGGAACAAAAAGCGGAAUUGGCAGAGUUCAAUAUUCGGUCUCCCGCACCUGUGGUAGUUAGUCAAUCUAGAGCCAGCUUUACUGCUCCAUCAAGUUUGUUCAGCAGCGACGAUGACGAUGCCAGUGUGUUCCAACGGUCUCCGUUGCGAAGCAAACGGAAACCUUUUUCCGCUGUUGGUAACUCCUCAUGUAAGAAAGCAAGGUUUGGGUGCGAAACCGAGCAAACAAGAACAAAGAGAUCCGCUGGCAAUAAAGCUGCGUCUCCGGAAGUUGUGGUUUUAGACUAGGUCAAGUGAAAGUCUACUUAUAACGAUAUAAUAAAAUAGAGAUUGGAGUUC